AUGGUGGAGGCUGACAUCGAAGAGGCGCAGAAGGACGCGCCCAAAGAGGCGAAGGAGGCAGAGGCGAAGGACGAUGCGAAAGAGGAUGCGAAGGAGGAUGCGAAGGAGGAUGCGAAGGAGGAUGCGAAGGAGGCUGAUAGGCCGGCGAGCGAUGCGGUCGGUGAGCCGGAGGCCAUCGAUGAGAAGCCGCCGAGCGAGGCCAUCGAUGAGAAGCCCUCGGGCCCAGUGGAGCUCGAAGACUCCGAUGACGAGAUGGAGGUGAGCGGGGCACAGGCGGAGAUGCUGCUGCCACAAAACCUCCUGAGCGAGGAGUUUGCUGAUGAGGCUGUGACCCUGGAUGAGGAUAACUCCCACAAGGACCGGCCGCCCUUCCCGCCCUUCCCCCCGCGGAACUUCGAGCCACCCUCAGACGCGAGGAAGCGGGUCCUCGCGAAGGUGAAGCAACAGGCCUCGGAGCUCGUAGCGGCCGACCACGCAGAGCAGGCCCUGGAGAAGUACAACGAGCUCAUCAAGACAGGCGGGGCUACGGCUCUGAUCAUGGCCGCCCGCGCGGAGGUGCUGCUGAAGCUGGCCAGACCUUGCGCCGCUAUCCGCGACUGCUGCGCGGCGCUGCAGAUGAACGCGGACUGCGGCAAGGCCUACCAUGUGCGCGGGUCAGCGCAUUACAAGCUGCAGCACUGGAAGAAGGCGUACCGAGACCUGUCCCAGGGCCAGCGCCUGGAUUUUCAGGAGGAUUACGCCGACAUGCACGCCACGGUGACGAAGAAGUCAGGAAUGGACAAGGCGCCGCGGCCGGAGCGCCCCAAGGCGGUGGAGUUGAUUUUUCACGCGGAGGCGCCCAAAGUCGUGGUCGAGGAGAAGCCGAAGCCGCCCUCGAAGGAGUUCAAGAUCGGACAAGCCGUAAGGCUGGGGGGCCUGCUGAAGGCGCCCUACCUCAACGGCAAGCGCGGCUUAGUACAACGCCUCAGCACCCAGGACAACGACCGCUGGGAGGUGGAGAUCCGCCUGGAGCGAGGUAUGGUGGAGAUCAAGUCGAUUCGCAGCGAGAACAUUAUUGCGGUGCCUCGCAAUCAAGCUGCGGAGUGGCAGUUGGAGGAGGCCCGGUUCACCCAAGAGCGGCAGCGCCGGGAAAAGGAGGACAAGAGAUGGCGGGAGGAGCAGGAAAAGUCCAAGAAGUUCGGUACCAGUGGCAGGAACGUGUGCGAGAAGACGCUGAAUGCGCAGGGCUUCCCUAUCAUGGACGCUUCUGAAAAGCUGGAGGCGGAGAUGAGUUGCCUGCCGCUGGACAGCGAGGCCCUGGGCCUCCUGCGCCGGCUGCGGCCCUCGGAGGCGCUGCAGGUGCUGCAGCAGGUGAGCAUCCAAGGCAUCAACAACAACAUGUCGAGUUAUAUCAAGAUCAAGGUGAGAUCAAAGCUCGGUGAGGCCGACAACACAGACGAGGAGCCCAAGAUGCCGCAGCCGGUGCCCGCGAAGACCACGCCGCCGGCGAAGCCUGCGCCCGCGUCCACUUCAGAGAAGGCGGAGGAGAAGCCGGAGAAGCUGGACGCAGUGAUGGAGGAGCCUCAAGAGGACGACUCCGAGGAUGAGGACUUCGACCUCUUGCCGGAGGAGAAGGCGCCGGCUUUGGGCCCGGGCUUCAUCGAGGCAGAGCCCACCGAGAAGCAGACGGAGGCUUUGGCCAAGUGGAAGCAGGAGGCGCAGGACUCGCUGGAGGCGGGGGACGUGAAGACCGCCCUGGAGCGGCUCACGGAAGUGGUGGAGGGCGGUGGCGCCACCGCCCUGAUGCUCACCAAACGAGGUGAGAUCUUGCUCAAGGAGCGCAGACCGCUGGCUGCCAUCAAGGAUUGCUCCAAGGCCUUGGAGCUGAAUCCGGACCUGGGCAAGGCCUACCGCAUCCGCGGCAUCGCGCUCCGAAAGCUGGGGAAGUACAAGGACGCCAAGUCUGACCUCGCCCAGGCUCAGCACCUGGACUUCGAUGAAGGCGUCAGCAUCAUCGAGAAGUUCGUGAGCGAGAAGGUCCGUUUGGACGAGCGUCGUCGCAAGAGGCAGAGGACCCAGUGA